AUGGAAAAUACCCAAGCACAGAAGAGAAAGACAUUCAGGAAGUUUGAAUACCGUGGAAUUGACUUCGAUGACUUGGUAAAGAUGCCAAUUGAAGAGUUCUCAGCCCUGUUAAAAUCAGGAGCCAGAAGAAGAGUUAGAAGAGGAUUCAGCCAAAAGGAGAUUCAGUUCCUUCUUGACUGCGAAAAGUCAAAGGCAGCAGCAGAGAACUCUAGAGACAAGCCAGAGUGCGUUACAACUCACUGCAGAUCCAUGAUUAUUUUCCCACAGCUAGUUGGGUGUGUAUUGGGUGUAUACAAUGGAAAGGAGCACGUUACAUUUGAGGUAAAGCCAGAAAUGAUUGGAUUUAGACUAGCAGACUUCAGUUCCCCACAGAAGAUGGUUUCCCACGGAAAGCCUGGAAUUGGUGCCACUUCCUCAUCCAAGUUCGUACCCCUGAAAUAA